ACAUAUAACAGAGUCCCCCUUUCUGUGACUUUGAAUGUUAAACCUUUGCUUUUAUCUUGAUUUAGAAUUAUGAAUAGACCCUUUUAAAACUCUUCCUGUAGCUCAAUUGUUGCUCAUCUGGUUACAAGUCAUGCACAGUUAAACCCACAGAAAUAGUCAUUGACUGUAGCUGAAUCUGAUACUUUUGGCUACAGUCUAUAAUUAAAGGUCGGGUCUUUUUAAAGGUGAAAAACUCCAGAUAAAAGCCGCUGCACUCUAAACGACAAACAGUGGACACAAACAGCGGACCCAAGUCAGCCAUGAAGAUGUUUAUGUGUAUAUUUCUUCCAUUUGCAACCAUGGUGGCAGCAGUUCCAAUAAGAGUCCAAAAAGAAAAUGUGUUAAGCUUCCUAAAUGGUGCACUCGACCCAGCUACUGCAAAGCCCAUAUCUGCAACAAUAACAGCAGAAAAAAAUCCUUUAGGUAAACCUGUGAAAGAGCAAGAUUCUGCAGUGUCAGAUAUGUCAGAUGCAAAAUCCAGAGAGGGGUUUUACACCAAUGGACAUACAGAUGUUUUCAAACACCUGGACAGCCAUGAGGUAAUGAAUUCUAGGAGGAAAACAGGAAGCAUAAGCAAAGACAAUUCUGGGCCGGUGGAUGUGAGCAGCAGGCCGGUUCAGGACCAGGGGAGCAGAGAGCACAUUGGGCCUGUUGCAGCACAGCAAGCCAGCCGAGGGCAGGUUGACCAUAACAGCCAGGAAGUAUUGACAGCAGAUCCUAGCAAUGCUUACAAUUUGUCAGGAAAACAAGUUCACCGUCUAAGGAGAGGCCAAGUGACUGACAGGGCCAGUGUAGGCAAGCACCUCCAAAGAAAGGCAGCACCACGGGGAGUUCAUGGGUUAAACGGUAUGUUACGCCCAGGCAUGAGCAGAGAAGUGCUGGAUCUGGAUAGUUUGGAGGAGAACAAUGGCAGACCAGCUCCAAUUGGCAACAGAGGCCCACCUAUAGACUAUGACGAAACGAGAGAAUUUAUCAGCUCUGAAACUAAUCCGAUUGCUCCUCCAAAGAAUAUACCCAGUGGCUCGUCUGUUCUAGCCAAGAGACGAGCGUCCUGAUAACACAAAGAUUCCUUUUCUUCCUCAUUAUGAGUCAGGCGCCAACAUCUGUUGAGUCAUAGAUGGCAUGGAGGCUGAUCCAAAAACAGUGGCUUGAGGAAUUUUUUUCAUCCACAUUUUUACAUGUUUUUUU